AUGAAGUUAUGGUUUUGGAUCUGCUGUUUUCUCAUAUUUAAAAGUAUGAGAACCGAAGAACGAAACUUUCGACUUUUCAUUGACCAAGUCAACAUCACCCAUGUUGAUCCAGAGGUUUAUGAAAGUUUUGAUUGCAAGGUCUUCCAGUUCAACAAUCGCAGUUACUUGGACUCGAGUCAUACUUUUAAAUAUACGGUUACAAAUUUAAAAGUACAUGCCGUUUUGGAUUUUUGGAAGCUUAAAAGUAGACAGAAAAUGACACUUUUUGAUGUCCAGUUAGAUGCAUGUUAUUUAUUGGACAAUGCUAGCAAAAACAAAUUGUUUAAUAUAUACAUCAAAAAUUUGAGAAAACAUGCUAAUACGAAAUUUAAGUGUCCCUUUCAAGCUAACAUAAGCUAUGAAGUGCAAAACAUGACGAUGAAUGAACAGGAUUUCCCUUCGUUUGUACCGCUUGGAAAAUUUCGUUCCGUUAUUGAGUAUAUAAUUGAUCAGAAAUUGGCUGCCCGAGUCAUUGCAAGCGGAAAAAUUGUUUCUCAUCCACCUGAUCCAUAAAGGAUUUUAAAUAAAACUACGAAGUAAAAUUACUUCGCGAAGCUCAUUGCAAAAUUACCCCUUCUUCUAAAUAGUUUUAACGCGUUCAAGUACUUUUAUCUUAUCAGGAAAAAACCAGAAUCGGAAAAAUAUUUGUGUACGGUUUAGAAAUAUUAUAGAUUAUUCUUCAUAUUGCAACAGAUGUUUUUUAUUAGAACAUGAUAUCGUUUAUUAGGUUGCCCUAAAAACAGAGUUAAUAUUGAUUAUCAAACUUAAUACAGGGUUGGGGACCUAAGAUAAAUCAGUUUUGCUUCUAAAUUCAAUAUGUUACAAUUUCUGAUCCUAUCUGGUUUUGAGUUAAUUUAAAUUAGUUUUAUG